AUGACGACGUCUCCUAUAUAUACGGGGGAGAUAUCCUCGGAUGAGGAAAAAGAUAUGCCCCACUCCCUCUCCAUCUUGGAUGAGUGGCAGGCAGAGGCCUCCGACUCUGACAAAGGCGAUUGGGGCUCCAACGCCUACGUAAAGGAGACAUUCCUGGGUGAUCCCCAGUGUAAUGGAGAGGCGGAAUCCUCCACCACAGCCACCACGCAGGAACAAGAAAUAUUCCUGAACGCCACGGGGCAGAGAAUGUUUGUUCCCAGGAACAUUCGGCACCCCUGCUCAGGGGAAAGAUGA